AUGGCUCAAGACCGACUCUUUGAAAUCCCCCCUGGGGAGACCAUCACCGUCAAACUGAUCAAUCCGGUGAACUUCGGCCCUUCGCAUCUCAAACGCUUCAUGACCCCCCAAGUCCCAGGCCUCGACACCUUCGCCAGAAACCCAGCAUUCUCAUUCCUGCUUGAGCACAGCUCAGGCCGCAAGCUGGUUUUCGACCUCGGAAUCCGCAAGGACUACCAGAACUACGCGCCAAAGAUUGCGAACUAUAUCCCGACAACGGGGUACAAUAUCGAGGUCACCCAUAAUGUCGCCGAUAUCCUGCAGGAGCACGGCAUUGCACCCAAGGAAAUCGAGGCUGUGAUAUGGAGCCACUGGCACUGGGACCACAUCGGCGACCCAUCCACCUUCCCCCCAACAACAGACCUCAUCGUCGGCCCUGGAUUCAAAGCAGCCCUGCUCCCAGGCGCCCCUGCAAACCCUGACUCUCCCAUCCUCGAGAGUGACUACACCGGCCGCACCCUUCGAGAAAUCACCUUCAACCACGAUACCCUGCAAAUCGGCCAAUUCCCAGCCUUCGACUACUUCGGCGACGGCUCCUUCUACCUCCUCGACAGCCCAGGCCACGCAAUCGGACACUUGUGUGGUCUCGCGCGCACUACCAGGAACCCGGAUACAUUCGUGCUUCUGGGCGGGGAUAUCGCGCACUAUACUGGAAUAUUCCGGCCGUCGAAACACCGUCCCAUCCCGGACUCUAACCCUACCAAUACGGGUGAUUAUCCAUGGGCUGCUUUAAACCUGGAGGCGGGGUUCUGCCCCGGUAGUGCAUGGGAGGAACUGCAGGCUAGUCGGGGGCGUGGGAAGGAGGAUACUCUGUUUGAUCCGACGUUUGGAUACGAUGUGCCGCUGGCGAUUGAGACGGUGAGGAAGUUGCAGGAGAUUGACUGCGACGAGGACGUGUUUGUGGUUAUUGCGCAUGACUUUGCGGUGCGGGAUGGGGUGGUGCAUUUUCCGGAGGCGCUGAAUGAGUGGAAGGCCAGGGGGUGGGGGAGGGAGCUGAGGUGGGCGUUUUUGAGGCAGUUGGAGGGGUAUUGGAGGGAGAGGGGGCUACUGAAUAGUACAUAG